GAAGUGAGAGCUUCUCUAGCUCUUUAGUGUUUUGACAAUGAUGGAGGAAGAAGAAUUUGAAUUUGCCGAUGAUUUGGAGGCAAUUUUGCAUCUCACGCCAGAAGUACAACUAGCGAUUGAACAGGUCUUUCCAAGUCAAGAUCCACUUGAUAAAGUAGACUUCAAUGCUGUGGAAUACAUCAACACAUUGUUUCCCACCGAACAGUCCCUUGCGAAUAUUGAUGAUGUGGUAAACAAGAUACGUCUGAAAAUAAGGCGCCUUGAUGACAACAUCAGGACAGUGGUGAGAGGUCAGACCAAUGUGGGGCAGGAUGGCAGGCAGGCUUUGGAAGAGGCCCAGAUAGCAAUUCAGCAGCUUUUUGGAAAAAUCAAAGACAUCAAGGACAAGGCAGAGAAGUCUGAACAAAUGGUCAAAGAGAUUACCAGGGACAUAAAGCAGUUAGACCAUGCGAAGCGCCACCUCACUACAUCCAUCACCACACUGAACCACCUGCAUAUGUUAGUGGGAGGCGUGGACUCUUUAGAGGCCAUGACCAGAAAAAGGCAGUAUGGUGAGGUGGCCAAUCUCCUGCAAGGAGUGGUAAACGUACUUGAGCACUUCCACAAGUAUAUGGGCAUACCACAGAUCAGACAGCUCUCUGAGAGAGUAAAAGCAGCACAGAGUGAGUUGGGCACUCAGAUCCUGGCAGAUUUUGAAGAAGCGUUCCCAUCGCAGGGCUCCAAGAGGCCCGGUGGGCCAAGUAAUGUGUUAAGGGAUGCCUGUCUGGUUGCAAAUGUUCUUGACCCACGCAUCAAACAGGAGAUAAUCAAAAAGUUCAUCCGGCAGCAGCUCUCUGAGUACCUUGUGCUCUUUCAGGAAAACCAAGAUGUUGCGUGGUUAGACAAGAUUGAUCGCCGCUAUGCCUGGAUCAAGCGGCAACUCGUUGACUACGAAGAAAAAUACGGACGCAUGUUUCCAGAGGAGUGGUGCAUGACAGAACGUAUUGCAGUGGAAUUCUGCCACGUCACCAGAGCUGAGCUUUCCAAAGUAAUGAGAACACGAGCCAAGGAGAUCGAAGUGAAGCUGCUUUUAUUUGCCAUUCAGAGGACCACAAACUUUGAAAGUCUGCUGGCAAAACGUUUUACAGGAUGCACAUUGACUGAUGCCCCUGUGAAGAAGAGGCCAGAGAGCCCUUUAGACCCCUCUAAUCCUUUCUUGGAGGAUGAUCAAGGUGAAGAUGAGGGUACUCAGAAAGAUGACAAGGAUGAUGAUCUGGCAAAGCCCAGAAAACCAAAGGCUCCUGAUAAUCCUUUCCACGGCAUCAUCUCCAAGUGCUUUGAACCCCAUCUGUAUGUCUACAUAGAAUCUCAAGACAAGAACCUAGGCGAAUUGAUAGACAGGUUUGUGGCUGACUUCCGAGCACAGGGCCCACCCAAGGUUGCCACAGACGAGGGCGGCGCUGUGCUGCCAAGCUGUGCUGACCUCUUUGUCUAUUACAAGAAAUGCAUGGUCCAGUGCUCCCAGUUGAGCACUGGGGAGCCCAUGAUUGCCCUCACAACCAUCUUUCAGAAAUUCCUGCGGGAGUAUGCCUGGAAGAUCCUCUCAGGCAACCUGCCUAAGUCAAGCAGUAACACUGGGGUUCUGACGAUCAGCAGUCUGCUGAAAGAGAAGGAAGGCUCGGAAACGGCCAAGUUCACUGUUGACGAGCUGUGCCUCAUCUGUAGCAUCCUUAGCACUGCCGAGUAUUGCCUUGCUACAACGCAACAGCUUGAAGAGAAACUUAAAGAGAAAGUAGAUAAAAUCCUGGUGGAGAGAAUUAAUUUGACUGGGGAGAUGGAUACAUUCAGCACUGUGAUCUCUAAUAGUAUCCAGCUACUUGUUCAAGAUCUUGAUGCUGCUUGUGACCCUGCUCUCACUGCAAUGAGCAAGAUGCCAUGGCAGAAUGUGGAGCAUGUCGGUGACCAGAGUCCCUAUGUGACUUCAAUCAUCAUGCACAUCAAGCAGAAUGUGCCAAUCAUCAGAGACAAUUUGGCCUCCACGCGCAAAUACUUCACACAAUUUUGCAUCAAAUUCACAAACUCUUUCAUCCCCAAAUUUAUCAAUCACUUGUUCCGAUGCAAACCUAUCAGCAUGGUGGGAGCAGAACAACUCCUCCUGGACACACACUCUUUAAAGACAGUCCUGCUAGAUCUGCCCUCCAUAGGUUCCCAGGUACUUCGCAAGGCACCUGCCAGCUACACUAAGAUUGUGGUGAAGGGCAUGACCCGUGCAGAGAUGAUACUUAAGGUGGUGAUGGCCCCACAUGAACCGCCCGUGGUGUUUGUGGAUAACUACAUCAAGCUCUUGGCUGAUGGCAAUCCUGAGACUUUCCAGAAAAUACUCGACAUGAAGGGUUUAAAACGUGGUGAGCAGAGCAGCAUGCUGGAGCUCUUCAGACAGAGGUUACCUACACCGCCUUCCGGGGCCGACGGUGGCCCCUCCUUGUCCUUCAGCGCCCCCACCCCUGAGCAGGAGUCCUCCCGCAUACGUAAACUAGAAAAACUCAUCAAGAGACUGUGAAGAAAUAAUACUUCAAGAUACUGUGUGCUGCUGGGCUGGCCUUUACCACUCAAUUAUUGAUCUCACAAUAUGUCACUCUGCUGCUCCAUUGAGUUAUUGUUCAAAACAAAAGAGUUGACUCAAUUUUUCAUCACACACAAAAAUAAACCCAAGAUCAUGGUGAGUUAUGAAAAAACUUCCUCACUGGUGACUUGCUGUUGGUACAUAUUUGUUUAUAUGUGCAAUUUCCUUACCUUCGUGUUCACACCAAUGGCCAUGCUUUGAUUGGUACAUAGCACAAUGAGGUGCACUCAAAAAAAUUUAUGUUGUUCUUAUGUCAAAAAGUACAAGCAACUUGAUCCUAGUUAAAUGUUGUUUUCUUAUUAUGAUAAAUGACAGUACCCCAAGGCUAUGGAAUUAGAUGGCAAAUCUGAGUAUAUUGAUUUGAAACGUAUGCUUCUCUUUUAUACAUUUAUGAAUGAGAAAAUAAAACGUUCUUCCCCUUUAUUAGGUCUCUGAGGGGAUAUUCAGUUUAGACGUCAUAUACACCGGACAGAAACUCACAUGAAUACUGAGGAUCAAAUUAAAUGAAAUCCAAAGUAUGAAAUCUCUUUCCAAAAAUGCACUAGCAGAAUAAUUGACGGUGUAAAUAUUUAUUCAACAUUACUUAUAGUUUCAAUUGAUAUCUACUGCAUUUAGUAACACAUUCCUUAAAAAUAUCUUGUACUGUAUGGUUGUGUUGUAUUAUACAAUGACAAGUUGUGAAGAUUACUAAACAUUGCCACAGAUGAAUCCUUGUGCUUCAUUAAAUGGUUUUACGAUG